CCCUUUCUUUUUCUUUCUCUUUCUCUCUCUCUCUCUCUUUGUAGUGGUUGCCAUACUUACCUUUUUUUCUCCUCAAAAUAAAGCCAAAAAGCUUCCACCUUUAACCAAGCCCUCCAACUAUUGCUUUUCUUGCUUGAAGAUGAAUGUUGACACUCCACGUCGAAUCAAGUAAGUACUUGUCGGGAAUGACCCCCCAAUGGAGGUGGCAGACUUACUCGAUCUCCUCACAAUCACUUUCAGAAUCAAGACAAAAGGCUCAUUCAAAAAUGGCCUGAAGCGAGAGGGGUUGGCGACGGUGGAUGUCAACCGGUUUCCGCGGCCGCAGCAGCAGCAGCAGCAGGAUGAGGGUCAACAACUGAAACCAUCGACAAAGCAGUGCUCGUCGGAUAAGCUUGAUGCUUAUACAGCUGCUGCAUCGGCCGUAAAGUGCAACUAUUCAUCAGAGGAUCUUGUAACGAUUCGACGGAAUCUAAGUGCCAAUUUGACACUAGCAAAGCGUCGUAUGAUGGUUAAACUGAGCCAGUCGAAAACACCUCAGGACAUGCAAAUGUAUGAGUACCUGACGACGGAGAGUUCAGACCGGAGCAAGAAGCGCAAAAGCAGGAAAAUUAGAAAGAGCAUGAAGACGACGACGACAAAGGCGGCGACAGCGGCAAUGACGGGUGGAAAACUCAAAUAUCACCGUCCUCGUCCACUAUCUUUGUCUUGUCAAGCAGCAGCUACUACAUCAACAGCUCUACAGGAAGCUACGCCGGCUGUAGUGGCGGCAUCGUCCUUCUUGCCAUCAUCACCACAAGCAGCAAUAUUUGCACCUGAAAUAGCAGCAGCGCAGGAGCCACCACCACCGCUGUCGCCGCCAGAACCACUAGCGGAGCCUGCGGUGGCACUGGAUAUACUUUUCGGCGGAUACCAUGAGGAAGCAAUGAUGACAACGGACGAAGAGCCAGGCAGUCUCUGUGACCCGUCGAGCAGUCCACUGAUGCCAGCGUGCGUGAGGGACCCAGGGGAAGAAAAAGAAGAAGGGAUGUGGGAUGUGUCAAAUCAUGCUGCCGGACUUUUGAAUGAUCUCAUGUUGUGCAACGGCAACGAGCAAAUCUCGAGUGUUGUAGGCGUCGGGGAACCAAUCGAUUUUUGGUUGCAAACCACGAUGGCACUAGACCAAGAAAUGUCAGGUAAAAAGAAAAAAGCAAACCCAGCAACAGAACCCUUUUUUUCAUUUUAAUGUACACUGUAGUGUUAUCUUAUUUACCAAUUGCCUUCUGCAAAACCCACACAAUCCUGCUUAGACUUGCUCGAGUUCGACUGAAUGAGCUAUUAUUCAUGAUUCAUGGUCCAUGAGAAUAAUAAUAAUAAUAAUGACAAUAAAAAAAUAAUUUUUUCAUCUCAGUUUGAGGGUAAAAUAGAACGAAAAAGAAAAAAAAUCAGAGGGGACGGUGUUGCAG